GUUCCGGCGGGGAGCGGGGAGGAGCGGCGUGCCGAGCCAGGCGGCGGCGGUCUCGGGAGCAGCCCGGAGCCCGGGGAGGCAGCGGGGUGCUGCUGGUGGGGACGCGGGGGGUGGUGGCGGCCGGGCCCGGCCGGGCCGGGCCGUGCUCGGCGUCCCCGCCAUGGAGAUGGAGAAGGAGUUCCACCGGCUCGACCAGGCCGCCAGCUGGGCCGCCAUGUACCAGGGUAUAUACAUAGAAGGAAACUGACAGUUACGGAGAAUGCAGUAUUUGCCACGUGCCGAGUGAUGUUAAAUUCAAACAGAAAUAGUCCCUGACAUCAGGCAUGAAGCCAGUGAUUUUCCAUGUAAAGUGGCCAAACAUCCCAGAAACAAAAACAGAAAUAGGUACAGAGAUGUCAGCCCCUUUGAUCACAGUCGAAUUAAGCUAAACCAAGGUGACAAUGACUAUAUCAAUGCUAGUUUGAUAAAAAUGGAAGAGGCCCAAAGGAGCUACAUCCUUACCCAGGGACCUUUGCCAAAUACUUGUGGUCACUUUUGGGAGAUGGUUUGGGAACAGAAAAGCCGUGGUGUUGUCAUGUUGAACAGAGUGAUGGAAAAGGGAUCCGUAAAGUGUGCGCAGUACUGGCCACGGAAGGAAGAAAAAGAAAUGUUUUUUGAAGAUACAAACUUGAAACUAACCUUGAUAUCUGAAGAUAUAAAAUCGUAUUACACAGUACGACAGCUAGAAUUGGAAAACCUUACAACGCAGGAAACUAGAGAGAUUCUGCACUUUCAUUAUACUACGUGGCCUGACUUUGGAGUCCCGGAGUCACCUGCUUCAUUCCUCAAUUUCCUCUUCAAAGUGAGAGAAUCUGGCUCACUUAACCCUGAGUAUGGACCCGUUGUGGUGCACUGCAGUGCAGGAAUCGGAAGAUCGGGAACUUUCUGUUUGGUUGAUACAUGUCUUCUGCUGAUGGACAAACGGAAAGAUCCUUCUUCUGUGGAUGUUAAACAAGUUCUCCUAGAAAUGAGGAAGUACAGAAUGGGACUUAUACAGACAGCAGAUCAGCUUCGUUUCUCCUACUUAGCUGUUAUUGAAGGAGCAAAAUUCAUUAUGGGAGAUGCUUCAGUGCAAGAACAGUGGAAAGAGCUCUCCAAUGAAGACCUGGACCCACCACCGGAACACACCCCACCACCUCCCAGACCACCAAAGCGAACCUCAGAAAUGCACAAUGGAAGGAUGCAUGAACAUGCGGAAUUCUUUCCUAAGCAUGAAGUGGCAGAGGAAGAGAUUAGUUGCUCAGUCAGCACUGUGGAAGAGAUGGUUCCAGAUGGCAGAGCUUGUUCGUCUGUGCCAGUGAUCACGGACAGCACUAGUCAAGACACUGAAAUUCGGAGGAGAACUGUUGGUGAAAAUCAGCAUCUCUCGCCCCACAAAGAAGAGUCGAUGAAGUCAGACAACUUAGAAGAGGAUGAUGAGAACAUGAUGACAACUUGGAAGCCAUUUCUAGUGAAUAUAUGCAUGUUCACCUUCCUCACAGCAGGGGCUUAUCUUUUUUACAGGGUAUGUUUUCAUUGAUGGACAUGCCAGCACGAAUGACCCUGCAGAAAACACCAACGAUUUGAUCGGUUUGUAAUAAGCUUCUGUGAAAGAAAGCUAAUUGAGGCAUCGGAGCCUUGUCUCAGUGGAGGUAGAUCUUAGGUUACAAGGCUGGAACUUUGGUUAGGGCUUAAGAGAGAAUUGAUGCACUAGGGUUUUAUCUAGCCCUGUGGUCCCAAGAACAUAAUAUUCUAAUCUCAGGGCCUUAAAAUAUUCAGGAGUAAGCAAAGAAAAUGCCAAAUAGUCUGUUUUCCUUUUUUUCUUUUUUUUAAACUAAGUAAUAGAAUUACAACACAUUGUUGUUUUUAGCCUUUUUUAAAAAGCCAGUUCUUUUUCUUUCAUGUUUCAGAAAAACUAGGCACAAGUGAAACUUGCUUGUACUCUCCAAGUGUUGUAACCAAAUACAUGAGUUAUAUCGAUGAGUUCCCCCCAAAAAAGAAAAAUAAACCCACAUACCUGAAGAAUGUAAACUUUUUGAAGGGGGGGAGGGGGGGGCAGUUGUGGUUGGGUGUUUUUUUAGUUUUGUUUUGUAACUUGCUUCAUCUGUUAAAGACUGAGUUGUGGGCAGUGCCUGUGGUAUUGAUAUAUUUAAUCUUGGCAUAACUGUUCUUAAAGAGCUUAUUGUUUUACAUGUGUUUAUAGAAACAGGCUUCUGCAUUUGCUCAGGGUAUCCCAACAUGUCAAGCUCUUUUUUCGUUUUUUUUUUUCUUUUUUUUUUGGAAAUAAGUGUAUCUUCUCAUUGACUUUUGUUGCACUCUACUUGCACAUAUGUCUAUUUACAUUGCACCAUCCUUUGUAAAGCUGUUUUUACUUUUAUAUUCUGGGUUAGGAGAAGGUGAGGGGAGGGAGAGAAACGGGAAACGGAAUUCAACCAAAACAUGUCCACCAGCAUUUUGCAGCUGUUUAGUUGGCAUUGAGAAGGACCAGUUCUUAAACCUCAUCAUUUGGAAUGUAAAAUGCAGUUUCACUCUACAUCUGUACAUCUGCUUCAUAAGGAAUAGCAUGCUUCCUCCAGCGGCUGGAGAGGUAACGUGCUCAGAGGCAGUGCGGGUAAUGAACAGGAAGGCGUUUCAAGAAAUCCAGAGCAAUUAAUGCUGUGGCAGCUUCCUUAAGAAGUAAAAAGCUCAACAGAAGACAUGUUGGUCUGAGAAUGUAUCAGCUGGCUUAUGAUGCAAGCAUUUGCGUGUUCUGCUUCUUUAAAGCAAAGAUUUAAAUUGCUGGCUUAGUUUGGCUCAAAGAUGCACUGUUCAGUGAUUGUGGGACAUGGUGGUGUUGGUGGGUAAGUCUUGCACCUCUGCAGACAGGGUUGUCGCUGUCCUAACGUGAGUUGGGUGGGUUUGUCCUGUGCCGUGCUGCAUCUGAAUUGUUUCGCUCAGUUGGUGAAAACGUAAAGUGCUUGUAAAUAAGGGUUUGGGUGCACUGGUGGAACCGUGACUGGAAGCCUGCGUUGCACUGAACAGUCUUAGUCAAUGCUGUUCCUUGCAUUAGUACCAAAUUAUUAUUGUUUAAACAACAGCAGCAAAGACUUCUUUGCUGAUGUCAUGGGGCAGAAGAUGAGAGUCAAUUCACUACUGAAAGGUGUAGUGAAUGAAACUAAUCCAUGACAACUGGUUUGCAACAGUGUUAAUAAUCAGUUCUUUUUAUCUUUAAAUGCUUUCUAGAUUUAUAGCACUUAACCACCAUUCUCAGUGCAGACAUCACUAUGGAGUAUCUUAUGUAAGUCUCUUUCCACUCCAUAUUUAUUUUUGCAAAACUGUCUGUAGCGUAGCUCUUCUCCUUCAGUGAAUAAGGUGGUAAACUGGGGGGGGUGGGAGUUGUUUCUAUUUUGUGUUCUGUCAAGCUUGCGUCAAGGGCUUUUCACAAGUACAAUAAUAAAUCCUCAGGUAGUACUGGGAGUCAAUACUUUACCUGUGAGACUGUUGGUCAGACCAGUACUGGAAAGGAGGAAUGUUGUAAUCAGUCAAUAUUUAGUUAUAUUAUUGGAAUCAUGAAAAAUGAGUAUAGAAAAAUGGUAAUAUAUAACGGCUCAUCUGUGUAUUUAAGAUACAGUACGUGAUUGCUUUGUCCCCACUAUUCUCUCCAUCAUCUGGUAGAAUAUUGUUCUAAAGCAACAUUUGUACAUCAUUUGUAUUAAAAUGCAUGUAAAGUC